AUGGCAGCCUCAAGACCUAGCGUUCGUAUCAUCAGCGCCCUCGCUGGCCCCCGCCUUCUGGGCCCCCGUCUCACAGUCCGUCAGCUGUCAAUGACAGGCUCGACUUCCUCUUCAUCGCUCCUCACAACCGACAAGCCAUAUGCUUCAAAUCGCCCGGCUGGACCCAUCCGCCUCCACGGCGAGCAGACCAUUCCAGUCCCCGAAGCCACCGAGACGGGCAACAAAGUCCGACGCUUUAACACAUCGAGGAGUCUAAAGUCCGUCGGCGAUUCCAGUACCUUGGACUUUAUGCACUUGCCGGACUUUGACCUGGAGACCCGAAGUGCGCCCUUGGGAAUUAGAGUCCCUAUCCUGCCAUGGGCUAAUGUCGCCAGCCGGGGUGCUGAGAGCGAAGAUUCCAUCCCCAUGCAACCCACCAUCUACACAGUCUCUGCUGAUGGCACCCACAUCCACUCCCCCUCCGCAAUGUCUGAAAUGACCGACUCAAACCAGUCCAGCUACCAGGGCAUGGCUGAGGCUGUUGCUAGCAAAUUCACCGCAACCCGCCAGGAGGGAGAGGGUAUGGUGAAGCAGAUCUGGAAUGACCUCAUGGAGGACCUUGCCGAUCUCGCGAGCGGUUCAAAGCUGCUGAUAGUGGAGCCACUAGACACUCACGGACAUCCGUUUGCCAGUCGUCUCCAAGUCGUGAUCCCCAGCCGCUAG